UGCCACUAGCUCAGAAACUGCCAACACGCACCACCAAACGACUGAGUUCGAUCUCACCUCACCAUGCAUGCUGCAUAUACAUAAGCAAAUUAGCUCACCUUCUAGCUAGAGGCCAGUUUCUGUCGAUCGAAGUCAGGCUGAGAAAGGCGUCGUCGAUAGAUCGAUCAACCCUGAAACGAUAGCGCUAUCGACUUUUCAGUAUAUAUAUAGGAUGCGGAAGGCGAAGGCUCUCUACGGUAUUGCCGCCGCCGUCGCCUUGAUGGCGGUGCUUGAGCUUAGGCUCGUCGGCGCCAACUUUGUGAGCGACUGCGACAUCACGUGGGAGCCGAAGAACGCCAAGACAGACGAGGGAGGCAACCACCUCACGCUGUCCCUCGUCAGCAACUCCUCAGGCAGUAUGCUCCGGACCAAGAAGCAGUUCAUCUACGGCAGCGUCUCCACUCGGAUGAAGCUGGUGAAGGGCAACUCGGCCGGCACGGUCACCACCUACUACACGUCAUCCAUCGGAGACAACCACGACGAGAUCGACUUCGAGUUCCUGGGCAACGAGACUGGAAAGCCCUACACCAUCCACACCAAUGUCUUUGCCGACGGCAUAGGUCAGAAGGAGAUGCAGUUCCGGCCGUGGUUCGACCCCACCGCCGAUUACCACAACUACACCAUCUUCUGGAACCAGUGCAUGAUCGUAUGGCUCAUCGACGGCAUCCCGAUCCGCGUGUUCCGGAACCACUCGGCGCAGGGCGUGCCGUUCCCGACGCGCAGGCAGAUGUACGCCUUCUCUAGCAUCUGGGCGGCGGAGGACUGGGCCACGCAGGGCGGCCGCGUCAAGACGGACUGGACCAAGGCGCCUUUCGUCGCCGAGUACCGCGACAUCAACCUCCGCGUCUGCGACUGCGCCUUUUAUGGCGCCGCAGGGUGCCCCGACAGCUGCGCGUCGUCAUCAAACUGGUACGCCGCGCCGGACCUGUGCCAGCUGACCAAGGAGCAGCUGCGCCAGAUGCGCGCCGUGCAGCUCGGCUACACCAUCUACGACUACUGCGCAGACGGCAAGAGGUACAACGGCACGGUGCCGCCCGAGUGCAGCAUGCCACAGUACUGAUCAAAAUAAUUAGGACAGCGACCGAGCCCGCCAUAUAUAUACGGAGUAGUACAUUGUUCAUUUUGUUUUCUACUUUCUUCAUUCCAAUUUUUUAUGCAUUCAUUCGCAGCUGUGUUUUUUUUAUUGUUUCACUUGUUGAUUGAUAGCUAUGCGUAUCAACAAUUUAAGAAAAUUUGUGUUUCUUUUUUUUCUGUCCUAUAUGCUUCUGCCAUGUAUAUUUGUCCAAAGGAGAAUAUCCGGUGCACAUGGAGAGACAAUGCACAUGUACACAUAUAACA